AUGCACAAAGGCAAAGACCAUGUGCCUUUCCCAGACCAUGUGCCUUUCCCAGACCAUGUGCCUUUCCCAGACCAUGUGCCUUUCCCAGACCAUGUGCCUCUCCCAGACCAUGUGCCUCUCCCAGACCAUGUGCCUCUCCCAGACCAUGUGCCUUUCCCAGACCAUGUGCCUUUCCCAGACCAUGUGCCUUUCCCAGACCAUGUGCCUUUCCCAGACCAUGUGCCUUUCCCAGACCAUGUGCCUUUCCCAGACCAUGUGCCUUUCCCAGACCAUGUGCCUUUCCCAGACCAUGUGCCUUUCCCAGACCAUGUGCCUUUCCCAGACCAUGUGCCUUUCCCAGACCAUGUGCCUUUCCCGGACCAUGUGCCUUUCCCGGACCAUGUGCCUUUCCGGGACCAUGUGCCUUUCCCGGACCAUGUGCCUUUCCCGGACCAUGUGCCUUUCCGGGACCAUGUGCCUUUCCCAGACCAUGUGCCUCUCCCAGACCAUGUGCCUCUCCCAGACCAUGUGCCUUUCCCAGACCAUGUGACUCUCCCGGACCAUGUGCCUUUCCCAGACCAUGUGCCUCUCCCAGACCAUGUGCCUCUUCCAGACCAUGUGCCUUUCCCAGACCAUGUGACUCUCCCGGACCAUGUGCCUUUCCCGGACCAUGUGCCUCUCCCAGACCAUGUGCCUUUCCCAGACCAUGUGCCUUUCCCAGACCAUGUGCCUCUCCCAGACCAUGUGCCAUUCCCAGACCAUGUGCCUCUCCCAGACCAUGUGCCAUUCCCAGACCAUGUGCCUCUCCCAGACCAUGUGCCUCUCCCAGACCAUGUGCCUCUCCCAGACCAUGUGCCUCUCCCAGACCAUGUGCCUUUCCCGGACCAUGUGCCUUUCCCGGACCAUGUGCCUUUCCCGGACCAUGUGCCUUUCCCGGACCAUGUGCCUUUCCCGGACCAUGUGCCUUUCCCAGACCAUGUGCCUCUCCCAGACCAUGUGCCUCUCCCAGACCAUGUGCCUCUCCCAGACCAUGUGCCUCUCCCAGACCAUGUGCCUUUCCCAGACCAUGUGCCUCUCCCAGACCAUGUGCCUCUCCCAGACCAUGUGCCUCUCCCAGACCAUGUGCCUCUCCCAGACCAUGUGCCUCUCCCAGACCAUGUGCCUUUCCCAGACCAUGUGCCUCUCCCAGACCAUGUGCCUUUCCCAGACCAUGUGCCUUUCCCAGACCAUGUGCCUUUCCCAGACCAUGUGCCUUUCCCAGACCAUGUGCCUUUCCCAGACCAUGUGCCUUUCCCAGACCAUGUGCCUUUCCCAGACCAUGUGCCUCUCCCAGACCAUGUGACUCUCCCGGACCAUGUGCCUUUCCCAGACCAUGUGCCUUUCCCAGACCAUGUGCCUCUCCCAGACCAUGUGCCUUUCCCGGACCAUGUGCCUCUCCCAGACCAUGUGACUCUCCCAGACCAUGUGCCUCUCCCAGACCAUGUGCCUUCCCAGACCAUGUGCCUUUCCCAGACCAUGUGCCUUUCCCAGACCAUGUGCCUUUCCCAGACCAUGUGCCUCUCCCAGACCAUGUGCCUCUCCCAGACCAUGUGCCUCUCCCAGACCAUGUGCCUCUCCCAGACCAUGUGCCUUUCCCAGACCAUGUGCCUUUCCCAGACCAUGUGCCUUUCCCAGACCAUGUGCCUCUCCCAGACCAUGUGCCUCUCCCAGACCAUGUGCCUUCUCCCGGACCAUGUGCCUUUCCCAGACCAUGUGACUCUCCCGGACCAUGUGCCUUUCCCAGACCAUGUGCCUUUCCCAGACCAUGUGACUCUCCCGGACCAUGUGCCUUUCCCAGACCAUGUGCCUUUCCCAGACCAUGUGCCUUUCCCAGACCAUGUGCCUUUCCCGGACCAUGUGCCUUUCCCAGACCAUGUGCCUUUCCCAGACCAUGUGCCUUUCCCAGACCAUGUGACUCUCCCGGACCAUGUGCCUUUCCCAGACCAUGUGCCUUUCCCAGACCAUGUGCCUUUCCCAGACCAUGUGCCUCUCCCAGACCAUGUGCCUCUCCCGGACCAUGUGCCUUUCCCAGACCAUGUGGCUUUCCCAGACCAUGUGGCUUUCCCGGACCAUGUGGCUUUCCCAGACCAUGUGCCUCUCCCAGACCAUGUGCCUUCCCAGACCAUGUGCCUUCCCAGGUCAGAGACAUGCAGUGGUGACUCCUCUGGCCUUGGAAAUCUGAGGUGUACAAAGAAUACACAGUAA